AUUGUUAUCAGUUCGUGAUUUACUUCAACUUGAUUGAGCUCAGCUCUGGGACUCUGCAAAUGGCCAAUGCGUGUGCUAAUGCAGGGCGGAAGGGAAUGGGAUUGAUUUGGUGUUAAGCGAAAUAAAGUUUUUGCACUGCUUUUGUCAACACACACAAAAACAGUUGUUCGUGACUGAUACAUUAAUAAUGGCGCUAGGCUCUCAAUCGCGUGAUAAACGAAUGCAGUUCAAGCAUAAUAUUGGAAUCUGCAUUGACAAGUUUAAAGACAAGCUGUUUAUUCUAAGCCAGGACAUAUGGAGUUGUCCAGAGCUUGCAUAUGAAGAGAAACAAUCACAUGAUAGGCUCGUGAGGUUUUUGGCUGAUAAUUGUUCUUGGAACGUUGAAAGUCACUACAAAUUACCGACCGCUUUUCGGGCGACAUGGGGGCCGUUCGGUGGCAAAGAGGGCGACAGAGCUUUGCAUGUGUGUUUCCUAUGCGAAUAUGAUGCCUUGCCGGGGAUCGGCCAUGCGUGUGGACACAACCUCAUAGCAGAAGUCGGUGUGGCUGCCGCUCUUGGGCUGGCAGGUGGAUUACAAACAGAGUCAGCAGAAGACUUUCCUCAACGUAUAAAGGUGACAGUCCUUGGGACCCCGGCGGAGGAGGAUGGAGGAGGGAAAGUUGACCUCAUCCUGGCAGGGGCAUUUGAAGACAUUGAUGUGGUCUUCAUGGCUCAUCCGGCUCAGCAGGAUGUUGCCUUCCUGCCUUGUGUUUCCAUCGCAGAUGUGACUGUGAAAUACUAUGGAAAGGCGUCCCACGCUGCAGCCUACCCCUGGGAGGGGGUCAAUGCCCUGGACGCGGCCGUGCUGGCCUACAACAGCCUGUCAGUCCUGAGGCAGCAGCUCAAGCCAGACUGGAGACUCCACGGCAUCAUCAAACAUGGCGGAGUGAGGCCCAACAUCAUCCCGGCCUACACGGAGAUGGAGUUUUACCUGCGGACCCCACUGCUCAGGGACCUCUCUGACCUCAAAGCCAAGGCGGAGGCCUGCUUCCGGUCAGCCGCCACAGCAACCGGUUGUCAAGUAGAAAUAACAUAUCCAAACCAUUCGUACUCCAACAUCCUUCCCAACACCACCCUCACACAGCUCUAUGAAGAGAACGGCCGAGCUCUGGGUAUUCAGUUCGAGGAGGUGCCAAGCAACUUUCUAGGUUCCACUGACUUUGGAAAUGUGUCGUUCAUCGUUCCUGGGAUCCACCCUUUCUUCCACAUUGGCUCUGAUGCACUGAACCACACGGGGGAAUACACCGCAGCUGCAGGUAGAACAGGAUCAGAUGCACUGAACCACACGGGGGAAUACACCGCAGCUGCACGUAGAACAGGAUCAGAUGCACUGAACCACACGGGGGAAUACACCGCAGCUGCAGGUAGAACAGGAUCAGAUGCACUGAACCACACGGGGGAAUACACCGCAGCUGCAGGUAGAACAGGAUCAGAUGCACUGAACCACACGGGGGAAUACACCGCAGCUGCAGGUAGAACAGGAUCAGAUGCACUGAACCACACGGGGGAAUACACCGCAGCUGCAGGUAGAACAGGAUCAGAUGCACUGAACCACACGGGGGAAUACACCGCAGCUGCAGGUAGAACAGGAUCAGAUGCACUGAACCACACGGGGGAAUACACCGCAGCUGCAGGCGCAGAAAAGGCCCAGUUCUACACACUCCGGACCGCGAAGGCACUGGCCAUGACAGCUAUGGACGUGAUCUGCUGCCCUGAGCUGCUUCAGAAGGUUCAGGAGGAAUUCUCUGUUGCCAAACUGAGGCAGGACCAAAGAACUAAAGAACUGGACAUUACUGGCACUGACACACAGUAAUGAAAACGCUUUGUGAUGACCACAUCGUUGGAAGUACGAUUGAGUAUUCAUCCUGUCUGGGGCAGCGCAGUGCCAAGCAACCUUUCAUGUUUGAAGAACCGAAGUUGUAGGUUUAGCAGGGCAUCUGUUAUUCAUUGAGACUUGACUGCAACCAUUGCAAUCGAAGCAAUUCAGUUUUUCAUUUCCUUCCCAGCAGAGGGAUGACUUUCACUAAUAGUCCUGUUGUUGGAUUCCAUCCAGUAGACUAGUUCAGUCUACUGUAUUGUUUUUUAGCCAACUGAAAUCUAAUUAAUUAUUCCUUCUCAGAAAAUGUCACGUAUACGUAUUCAAAAAAUAAUUGAUCAUAACAUGCCUUUCCUAAAGUGUGUUGAGUGAUAACACUCAAAUUGAUUAAUAGAAAGGGUGCUUGGCCACACAAUCUCCUAGUAAGACAAUAAUAUACCGAUCCUGUAGCUAUAUAGAAGUUAUCUUCUAGAUUUAUUCAAACGCAUUAAAGUGGAAAAUUACUAAAAUCUAAAACAACUAAUACAAUAAAUCAAACAGCUUCAGUAAUUGUGCAAAAUGACAUGGGCUUCAAAAUUUUAUAAAAGUUGAAAAGAAAGCCAAGUCUUUAGCAAUGUGGAUUUGUCUUCUAGAAACCUAAAUCUAGUACUGUAGUAGUUUUGUAUUAAACCAUGUCAUAUGUAGUUGUGGUUUCCAAAGUACACAAAGUGAAACAUUGGCCAGGUGUGAAACAUUGGCCAUUUGCUAUUAAAGAAUAUGAAAUUCAAGACAUCUCCUCUAAUUCAGGCUUUAGUAGAUCAGGGAAUAUAAUUCCUGGGGUGUUAUCUCUACACACAGUUAUGUGUUUACCAAUAGUUAUGUCAUUCUAAAGGCCCUCUGCCUAGUAAAUGAAACUUCAGAUCUGAAACCGGUCAGAACGGGUCAUCUAUUGGUCACAA